UUCCAAAUAUGUCUCUGCUUCAUCAAACAACAGAAUCUAACCAGGGUCUCAGAAUUCCUCCUCUUAGGGCUCUCGGCCGACCCAGAACUACAACCCAUCCUCUUUGGGCUGUUUUUGUCCAUGUACCUGGUCACUGUGCUUGGAAACCUACUCAUCAUGCUGACUGUCAGCUCUGAUUCCCACCUCCACACCCCCAUGUACUUCUUCCUCUUCAACCUGUCCUUGGCUGACAUUGGUUUCACCUCUACCACAAUACCAAGGAUGCUUAUGGAUAUCCACACUCGCUGCAGAGUCAUCUCCUACAAAGAAUGCCUGAUUCAGUUGUCCCUUUUUACUCUUUUUGGAUGUAUGGACUGUAUGCUUUUGACUGUGAUGGCCUAUGACAGGUUUGUGGCAAUCUGUCACCCCCUCCAUUACCCAUUUAUCAUGAAAUCCUGGUCAUGUGGCCUCCUGGUUCUGCUUUCUUUUGUCAUCAGCCUUCUGGAGUCCCAGUUGCACUGCUUAAUGGUUUUGCAACUAAUAUUCUGUUCAGAUGUGGAGAUCCCGCAUUUCUUCUGUGCCCCUCCUACACUCCUCAAACUUGCAUGUUCUGUCCCCUCUUCCAGCAACAUAUUAAUAUAUUUUACUGGUGUCAUCGCUGGUGGAAUUCCAGUCUUACUGAUCAUUUUGUCUUACACUCGAAUAGUUUCCUCCAUUCUAAGAGUCCCAUCUUCAGGUGGGAAGUAUAAAGCCUUUUCCACCUGUGGCUCUCACUUGUCAGUUGUUUGCUUAUUUUACGGGACAGGGCUGGGAGUGUAUCUGAGUUCAGCUUACUCACCUUCUCCUGGGAAGGGUGUUGUAGCCUCUUUGUUUUAUACACUGGUCACCCCCAUGCUGAACCCUUUCAUCUACAGUCUGAGGAACAGGGACAUCAAAAAGGCCUUAUGGAGGAUACUCAGGAGAACAUGCCCAUCUCAAUAA